GGCCCCUGAGAAAGAUGACCAUUGGAAUGUUUCUUGCAGCUUUUGCAUUUGUUGCUGCUGCUUUGGUGCAAAUUCAAAUUGAUAAAACACUUCCAAUCUUCCCUGCUGCUGAUCAAAGUCAAAUUAAAGUCAUCAACGUUGGUCAUUUGUCUGUCAAUGUAACACUAAAUGGAGUUUCCAACUCCUACUCACUGAACCCAUCAGAGGCAACUGACUAUGCUAUUGUUCCGACAAGUAACAUAAAAGGUGUUUGCGUUUCCUAUGGAGGCAGGAAUGAAACAUUUCAUCCCGAAAUUCGGAAUGGAACACGUCUCACGCUCCUAAUAACAAACUUUCCAAACCCUGACGUGAUAUUGCUUGAUGAUUAUGAACAGAAACCAGAAGAAGGAAAAAAUGCAAUCAGAUUUGCAACAGCACUUUCAUAUGUUUCCAACAUCACAAUGGAUGGUACAGAUUUUGGAGAUUUGAAUGGAUUAUCAGCAACAAACUACUCAUUGUUUACUAAAGGAACGAAAAGAAUCUCAUACAUCAUUGAUGGAAUAAAAUGUAAACAAACAUCAAAGGAAUUUGGUUUUGGAAGCGCUUUCACAAUCAUCAUUAAUGAAACAUGUCACAGAGAUAAUUUUAAACUAAAUUACAUUGAAGAAAUCAAACCAAACACUGUCCACAUGGCAUGGCAGAUUCCCCAAUACCUUCUCAUCACAAGUGGUGAAGUGGUUUUCUCCGUCACUGGUCUAGCGUUCUCCUACUCACAGGCACCUUCCAACAUGAAAUCAGUACUCCAGGCUGGUUGGUUGUUGACUAAUGCAAUUGGUAACAUUGUCGUGUUAAUAGUAGCAGAAGCUUCGACUAUUCAGGAACAGUGGGCUGAGUAUAUCUUAUUUGCUGCAUUAUUGAUAGCUGUCUGCAUGAUAUUCGCUUUCAUGGCCUAUUUCUACACUUAUGUGGAUCCAGCUCAAGUAGAAGAAGAAAUAACAAAGAAGAAAGCUGAGGAUCUAGGGAAAACGUCUAAUUAUUAGAAUGGAACAAUUCCUAUGGCUCAAUCAAACCUCUGAAAUGGAGCAAACAGAAUGUAUUGUAAAGUAUAGCCAGACAUAAUUUAAGUGCAAAUGGACAUUAUGGCCUGAGAACAACUGGCCUUCAGUCAGCCUGUCUCUGCAAGAGAUAUAAAUAACACGACAACUUGCCUUGAUUUCCUGGUAAUUGUGUUAGAAUUCUCUCACAGUGGGCACUUUUUCCCAAAUGCUUUCAAAUAGUGCUUCAGUGUUAUUUCUAAAGGCUGAAAACAAAUAGUGGACUGAAAUGUCCAUUGCAAUUCCCCAUGUUCUUUCAUGUUACUCCAUGUUUGAUAGGCUGUAAAUCUGAACAUCAAAUGCUAACCAUUUUAUAUGAGAAACAUGUACAAUUCUAAUCUUUUUAGACAAGAUGCUGUAAUAUUCCAGAAAAUAUUUGUUCAUUCCGAAUAUUUUUGCACAAUCUUUAAAUAUCAAAAAAAAGAGGCCAGCUGAUCAGCAAUUUCUAAAAGUAUUUUAAUAUGACCUUACUUUUGUUCUUUUUAAACGGAAUGUCAGCCAGUGAAGCAGAGUUUGCCAAAAUAAAUAGCAGUUCAGAAGGGAUUCUAUUAGCAGCAGUCAGAGUUCUCAGAGAAGAAAGGAUGGGAGGAAUGCAUUUUAAGGAAUCAUGAAUAUUGAAA